AGGGCGAAUCGUGUAACAUAGCACUGGGGAAGAGGAAAGGAGUGCAACUAAUCUUAGAAAACAGCAACUGAAUGACGAAGAAAACUGCUAGAGCCCAGAAGGGAUCCUAGGCUCUGAUCAGUGAAAAAGCCUACAACAACCAAACUGAAUACACAUUGCGUUUGGAUCUUGGUAUGAUCAUGUGAAAGGCUGGUGGGAGAAGAGAAAGGACAAGCCGAUUCUGUACCUGUUCUAUGAGGACAUGAAAGAGGAUCCUAAAUGUGAAAUACAAAAGGUGUUACAGUUUCUGGGAAAGGACUUGAAGGAGGAUGUGGUGAAUAAAAUCCUCCAUCACACCUCAUUCCAGGAGAUGCAGAAGAACCCCACUGCCAAUUAUAAGAUGGUACCAAAAGCUCACAUGGAUCACAGUGUGUCUCCCUUUAUGAGAAAAGGUAUUGCGGGCGACUGGAAGAAUCACUUCACCGUGGCGCAGAACGAGGCAUUUGACUCAGAUUAUAAAGAGAAGAUGAAGGGAUCGACACUGCAGUUCCGAAUGGAGAUCUGAUGCAGCAGUAGCUUCCUUCCCCAUCUGGCUUAGGUGUUUAGUUGGCUUGGACAAGGGAGAAACUGAAAUUAAAUGAGGGCACCAAAGCAAACAGCAACUAUUAACUACUUUAGAUAUGAUUUUUUCCAUAUGUUUCUAUUUUUGUGGGGUCUUAAGUUCCAUAACUGCCAUUUGGAUAAUGCAGAUGGGACGUCAAGCCCCACCCCCUGGACUGUCACUGGGAUCAGUAAUGGUUUCAGCUGUUGUGUGCUGAGAUUCUCACAUAACCACAUGACUCCAGGGGCUGGGGCUUGAAGAAAACCCUCUAAAUAUCAUGUGUCUUGUGGUAAAAUCACAGGAGAUGGCAAUACUGAGGUUACUCCACCAGAGUGAUUACGCAGCCACUAUCAUUAGCAAACAACAGCAAGCUAUCAUUGGGAAUCUUGGCCUCAGUUUUUAAGGUCUCAUCUACAAGGCCCUACACAGCAAACUAUAUGGUACCAAGUUUGUCUACUAUACCUGAAAAGCUGAGCUGAGCCUGCUGUGACUCAAACCACCAGGUUCCAGAAAGUCUAGCUAUGCCAAAACUGAUGUGUAGACCGUUAGGUGCUUUGAGACGAAAAGCACUGUAAGAGCUAGAUAUUAAGUGAUGCCCUCCAAAAGAGUCUUUCAUUCACAUUGCAUAUACAUGUCAAACGUGCCCGCCUGUGAGCAUACUCACACACACAGAUUAAAGGCUGUCAAUCUGA